AUGACUUUACAAAAAAAAUUUAAACAAGGCUUUGCAAGAGGGUUAUGGAUUGAAGCAAUGGAUUUGAAUGAAUUUAUUAUAUCAGCCAAGAAAUAUUUUGAAGAGAGCAUUGAAAUUGUACAAGAUGAUGAUGAAGGAAAUGAUCAUUUAGAAUCGACGAGUGAACCACUCGUGGCAUCAUCGGAUUUGCAAUAUUUGGAGCAUGAUGAUGAAUUGAGAUGGAUUCCAUUGAGGCAAAUGGAACAAGCAAUGGCCGUAAAGAAGCUCAAGAUGGGACAUUGUACUGCUCUCAAUGAAGAAUUAUUUGUUUCACCUCAAUCUCCACUCUCUGAUAUUCAUGAUCGUCUCUAUGCAAAAAUGAUUGAGAAUACACCAAAUACAAAACCAAUGGGUGUCGUAAAGGCUAUUAAAUUCUUGGAGAGAGUUCUUACCACGACGGAUACAAUCUCACUGGAUCGCAUUUCUAUUUACAUGGUGAAUCAAAAUUUAGAGAUGGUCAUUCGACAUGUGACUGAUCGAGAUCUAUUGCAAAUUGAAUUGUUUGAUAGGGGAAUUGAAAUUAUCAAACUCGUUCUUGAAAAGUUUGCACAAGGCUUGUCUCUAAAUUGUCAGCAAUUUUGGACCGAUUUGUUGACCAGGUAUCUUUCAUUCUUUGUGACCGAAAGACCCGAAGAUAGUAUGGAACGACAAUGGGAAUUGAGCUCUGUCAUGUUUGAACGAAUGACAAAAAUGAUUUCUGCCUUAAGGGAACAAAUUCUCUUCAUGAAAUGUUUGAUUGAGGUACUAUUUUCAAUAUUGCUAAACGAACGCACUUGCUCGCAAAAGAAUCCACUCAAUGGCAAACCGUUCUAUCUUUUGAAACUUUUUGAAAUGUUAGGAUCGUUUGUCUUUGAGCAGGAUCAUACGGAAAUUACAUCUCGGUUUACAAAUCAAACAGAUAAAUUAAUUGCAGCUCUCGAAAUCGGCAAUAGCAAGAAGGAUGACAUGGAAUAUUUGUACAUGACAAGGAUUAUUGGUAAUGUUGCUCGACUGAAAACUCUAAAAGAAUUAAAAAUUAUUUAA